GCGAAGUUAAUGGCUGCCGAAACGUCGUUAUCGACGUUCACUGCAACCCACUGAUUGCGACUUUUGUAAAAAAAUCAAAAUUUCAUUGAAUCGAGAUACCGGUGCGUGAAUGUGAAUGAUAGACAGACUGGAGGGAGUGGAAAAUAACACUUCAUUAUCGUCAACAGGCAUCACUAGGGACGCAUAAUGGAAGAAGAGACUGAGUUCACAAAACUACCCCUGGAGGACAGAGUGGUGCACAAGUCAUGGAAGGCGCGAGUGCACGGUUACGAAGAGUGCACAAAGAAAUUCGGUUGCAUCGACGACGAGAAGUCCCCAGAGUGGAAUAAAUUUCUCGGUCUAAUAAAAAAAUUCGUCGUGGACAGCAAUGCAGCCGCCCAGGAAAAAGGUAUGGAGGCUGCCCUGGUGUACGUGGAGAACGCGGCGUGUGCAGGCAAAGCAGUAGGUGAAGUAAUGUCAGGAAUUGUGAGUAAAUGCAUAGCAGCCCCCAAAGCGAAGACUAAGGACCUCGCAGUCCAACUGAGCCUGAUGUUCAUGGAGAUAGAGAAGCACGAGACUGUCCAGGAGGAGCUUCUAAAAGGGACCGAAGCAAAAAACCCGAAGAUUGUGGCAGCCUGCAUAAACACCCUGACCCUGAGCCUUCGCGAGUUCGGUCCCAAAGUCGUCAACGUCAAGCCCCUAGUGAAGAAGACCGCAGCCUUCCUGGAAGAUCGAGACAAAGCAGUUCGUGAAGAAGGAAAAGCCCUCGUGAUCGAGAUUUACCGAUGGAUUGGCGCCCCAAUAAAGCAGCAGCUGAACUCCUUGAAGCCAGUGCAACUCACAGAACUGGAAACAGAAUUCUCUAAGCUUGGAGAUGAGAAAGCCCAGCCGAAUCGUUACCUGAGAUCCCAGAAGCCCAAAGAAAUAUGUGUCUCAGAGGCAGGAGGUGGAGACGGCGAUGGAGACGAGAACGACGAGGACGAGGAAGACGGAGGUGGUGGCGCUGACAUUGACCCUUACGAGCUGAUCGACCCUGUGGACAUCCUCUCAAAGCUCCCCAAAGACUUCUACGAGAAACUAGAGGCGAAGAAGUGGCAGGAUCGAAAGGAAGCCCUUGAAACCCUGGAAACUCUCCUGAAGAACCCAAAACUAGAGAGUGGAGACUACGGGGAACUCGUUCGAGUCCUCAAGAAGAUUGUCAGCAAGGAUUCCAACGUUGUGGUGGUGGCACUGGCUGGGAAGUGCCUGGCAGGGCUGGCCUCGGGACUAAAAAAGAAAUUCCAGCCCUACGCCUGUGCCUGCCUACCUGCACUCCUCGAGAAGUUCAAGGAGAAGAAGCCAACGGUGGUGACAGUCCUUCGAGAAGCUGUUGACGCAAUAUUCCUCAGCAUCACCAUUGAAGCAGUCCUGGAGGAUUCCCUGGCAGCCUUGGAGAACAAGAAUCCAGCUGUUAAAGCAGAGACAGCUUCGUUCCUCGCCAGAUGUUUUGCAAGAACUCCCUCACCAAGUUUAACGAAGAAGCUGUUGAAGGCGUACAGUGGAGCUCUCCUGAAGACCCUCAACGAGUCGGAUCCAACUGUUCGUGACAACUCAGCAGAGGCCCUGGGCACAAUCCUGAAACUGGUCGGUGAAAAAGCAAUGACGCCAUUCCUGGGUGAUCUAGACAACCUCAAAAUGGCUAAGAUCAAAGAGUGUGCUGAGAAGGCUGUGAUAAUUGUGAAGAUCUCUGGACCGAGGAAGGCAGAACGUCCCACGACAGCCCCAGCCAAAAUCGAGUCGUCAUCCUCAGGCAUUCCCUCGAAGACAGCAAAGCGCCCAAACACGACAGCAACGAAGAAACCAGCAGGAGGGGCGAAGAAACCAGCAGGAGCAGCAGGUCCUGCAGCAAAAAAACCAGUAGCAUCGAAGAUCCCACAGCAGGAGAAGGAUCUCCCCUCUGAACUGGUCGACGAGAUUGCUGCCGAGACCCUCCCCCCUGAGGUUCUCUCAGGACUAGUCGACGCCAACUGGAAGACGCGUCUCCAGGCUGUCGAGCAGCUGUCAGACUUCAUCAAGCAGAAAGAGCCAGUCGAAAUCCCCACACAAGUCAUCGUGAGGACCCUGGGGAAGAAGCCAGGGUUCAAGGACACAAAUUUUCAGGUUUUGAAGCAGCGAUUGGAGGUCGUGAAGACGCUGGCAGAGGGCUACACCUUCUCCGCGACGACGUCCAGCUACUGCAUCAUGGACAUCACUGAGAAACUAGGGGAUUCUAAGAACAGUUCAGUGGCUGCUGAGGCACUGUCAGCUAUUGCUGAAGCCACGUCCUUCGAGCACGUGGCCAACGAGGCCCUGGGGUUCGCCUUCAACCAGAAGAACCCCAAAGUCCAGCAGGAGACCCUCCUCUGGCUGUCAAACGGCCUCAUGGAGUUCGGCUGCACAGCCCACGUGAAAACCAUGAUGGACAACAUCAAGAAGGGGGUGGGUGCUACCAAUCCCAGUGUGCGAACAUCAGCUAUCACUCUGGUGGGGACAUUGUACCUGUUCAUGGGUAGAAGCCUGCUGAUGUUCUUCGACAGUGAGAAACCAGCGUUGAAGCAGCAGAUUGAGCAGGAAUGCGAUAAGAGGAGUGGAGAGGUGCCACCAGCCCCCACUCGAGGGCCAAAAUCGAAGGCCAAAUCAAAAGCAACGAAUGGAAAAAUUGGUAAUGAUCAGGAGGAUGAGGAUAAUUACGGUGGGGAGGACAAUGGCCCUUCAGACUUGAACGAUUUACUGCCUCGAGUGGACAUCACCAAUCAAAUUACUGAGGCCCUCAUAGCAGAGUUGGGGGACAAGAACUGGAAGGUGAGGAAUGAGGGCCUCGUGAAGGUCAGCAACAUCAUCAACGAUGCGAAAUUCAUAAAAGGAUCGAUUGGGGAGUUGCCGAGGGCUCUGGCCCCUCGUCUCACCGACAGCAACACGAAGAUCGCUCAGGCUGCCUUGGGGAUCUGCGAGAAGCUGGCGACAGCCAUGGGAGCACCAGUCAAACACCACAUUCGUGCACUGUUUCCUGGGUUCAUUCAGUGCCUGGGGGACUCCAAGAACUGGAUCAGAGCAGCUGCCAUCACCUGCAUCAACACCUGGGGGGAUCAGUGUGGGUACAAGGAGUUCUUCGAUGGGGAAAUCAUUGGGGAUGCCCUGAAGGCAGGGUCCCCAGCACUGAGGGCUGAAUUGUGGAGCUGGCUGGCCCAGAAAUUACCUCUGAUCCCAGUCAAACAGAUACCGAAGGAGGAGCUGAUGGCGUGUUUGCCACAUCUGUACUCAAACCUCGAGGAUCGUAACUCCGAUGUGAGGAAGAAUGCUCAGGAGGCAGUGCUCGGAUUCAUGAUUCAUCUGUCGUACGACGGAAUGGUGAGGCAGACUGAGAAGCUCAAGCCCAGCUCCAAGAGCGGAGUAAUCGCCAGUUUAGAUAAAGCAAGACCGAACCUACCGAUGAAGCCUUUGCCCUCGAAAAAAGCACCCGAGGAGGCCCAGAAGACUGUUAAAAGUGGGGGAGCUAUGAAGGCUGCUGGCAAGACAAUAGCUAAACCCAAAUCAGGGAACUCCUCGAAGCAGAACAGUGCGAGGAAGAAGGAGGAGGACGUGGACACUAGUCCCCUCCUGGCGAUAAAUAAUUUGAAACAUCAGAGGGUCAUCGACGAGCAGAAGCUGAAGGUCCUCAAGUGGAACUUCACGACCCCCAGGGAGGAGUUUGUGGAGCUGCUGAAGGAGUUGAUGGGCUCUGCUGGGGUCAACAAGUCCCUCAUUGCGAACAUGUUCCAUGCUGACUUCAGGUACCAUCUGAAGGCCAUCGAGACACUGACUGACGAUCUCCAGGAUAAUAGCAAGGCCCUGGUGUCAAAUCUGGAUUUAAUUCUCAAGUGGCUGACUCUCAGGUUCUUUGACACAAAUCCCUCGGUUUUGCUGAAGGGUCUGGAUUAUCUGCAGACUGUUUUCAAUCUUCUCAUUCAGGAUCAGUACCACAUGCUGGAGAACGAGGCUGCCUCCUUCAUUCCAUACCUCAUUAUUAAGAUUGGAGACCCCAAGGAUGCUGUGAGGAAUGGCGUGAGGGCACUUUUCAAGCAGAUUGCACUGGUUUAUCCUGUCAGUAAGUUAUUCUCGUACGUCAUGGAGGGCCUCAAGUCAAAGAAUGCACGUCAGAGGACUGAGUGUCUGGAUCAGCUGGGGUCUUUGAUAGAAAAUUAUGGGGUCACUAUUUGUCAGCCCUCGCCAUCAGCUGCUCUCAGGGAAAUCGCCAAGCAGAUUGCGGAUCGUGAUAAUUCGGUGAGGAAUGCUGCGUUGAAUUGCAUCGUUCAGGCGUAUUUUCUCGAAGGGGAACGGGUUUACAAGCUCAUUGGGCAGAUCUCGGAGAAGGACAUGUCGCUGCUGGAGGAGAGGAUCAAACGGGCGGGGAAAAAUCGACCAUUGAAGUCUGCCUCGUCCAACAGGAUAUCUUCUGCUCCCUCGGGGAUUAAUCAUGCUGUUGCUCCUCCUUCAUCAACUCAUGCUGGGAAUAAUGCUGAUGAUUGUGAUCCUGACGAUGAUGAUGAUGAUGACAAUGAGGACGACGGGCAGGAUGAUAUUAUCGAGUCUCCUGAGGAGAGGAAUCUAGUUCAAAAUACGCACGUUAUUGUCAGCAAUGAAGAUAAAUCGGAGAAGCCACCCAUCGGCACUGUUAAAUCAUCAACUUUGCUAGAUUGUAUUAAAGAAACGGGUGAUGAGGGAGAGAAGAGUGCACCAGAGAAGAUCGUGACAGUCGAUGUCAAUGACAAUCGUGAUACUGAGAAGACGUACACCUCGCCAAUCUCCAAGACGAAGGUGUCAGGCCCCUUCGGUCUAGACAUGGACUUCCUCAAGAAACUCGAGGAGAACGCCCCAGCUCGCUGGAAAAUCCCCGAGCUAGCGGACCUCAACUGGGACCCAAACGAAACCGUCAACACCCUGAACCACCCUCCCACCAACGUGAUCCCGAUCACCUCUCCCCGAAUAAUCACAACCCGAUCGUCCCUAGUCUCCCCAGUGAGCACCCCAGUCAGCAAAGAGGACAGUCUCGAGCGCAGUAUAAUCGCCAUGACAAACACCGAAUUAUCAGCAGCCAUAUCAGCAAUGAACAACAUGGAAGCCAUAAUAAAAUCCCCCCAAGCCUCAAUGAUCCAGUCCAAAGAAGACAAGUUCAUUCACGCCAUCAACAUGCAGCUGAAGAUGCUGCAGACAUACCCAACAGUGGACGAUCCAGAGGUGGCAAAAGGCUUCAGAAUAGCUUUCGUAGUCACCCUGAGCUUCUACGACACUGGAUUCCUCGGUAAGAACGUCUCCCUCCACGAGCUGAAGGACCUAGUCCACCAGAUGUUGAUUCUGCUGGCAGAAAACAAAUUGUCUCACUUGAGCCAGGCUGACGCCUACAUUCGCGUCGUCAACAGCAUCGUAGUGAAGACAAUUGAUCAUUCAAAUCACACGACCAUAAUGUGCGUUCUGAUUAAACUACUGCACUCGUGCGCUGAGAGCAAAGUCGCCCCCAAGUACGAGGAACUGGUGAUGAAGUGCCUCUGGAAAAUCGUGAAGACAAUGCCCAACUGGGUGGGCGAUCUGGACUACGACACGAUUCUCCUCGAGGUGCACAACUUCUUCAAGGAUUACCCCUCGAGCUGGUGGAAGAAACGAGCCUCAGACAUGCCCCUCAGGACCAUCAAAACUGUCCUCCACAGUAUGACGAAGAUCAAGGGUGUCUCGAUACUCAAUCACUUGACUAUGAUCAACAACACUCAUGAGUCUGAGCUCAAGAGCUAUCUCAAUCGUCUGCUGGAGACUGUCAAACCUGAUGACAUCAACUCGGGAACUCGUACCAUAACGAAGCAGAAGCAUCUGUCGAAGACGACUCAUGCGCAGUUGUCAGAGAUAUUCAAGAAGAUUGGGUCGAAGCAUCAUACGCAGGAGGGUCUUGCCCAGCUAUACGACUUCAAGCUUCAGCAUCCUGAGGCCGAUGUCCAGCCAUUCCUCGUUAAGUCACACCAAUUCUUCCAGGACUUUAUUGAGCAGGGCCUCAAGGAUAUUGAUCAGGCGAGGAGAAAUCAGAAUGUUAAUUCACAGAUGAGUAAUCAGUAUUCUGAGACUCCUGCGCAUCCAGUGAGCAUUGCUGAGGAGAGGGCCACCAUGGAUCCUCUUCAGAGGCUGGAGAAGCUUAGGGCACUUGAGGCCAAGUACCAUGCCAAUGCCCCCAGUCAUUCAAACCCAACGUGAAUUUCGUCGACUUGAAAUACGUUAUUGAUGUAUUUUGAGGGAUUUACUUAGUGCGAGAUCAUUGCUAUGUACAUAGACUUUACGCUGACUUUGUCUCUCUGUAUUCUUGUCUUGUUAGUUCAACUCAUGUUUAAAUUGGGUAUUCAUUAUUUUUUAAUUGACUCGGAGGAAUAGGAUUUUGCCCUUGUUUUAUAGCAUUUCGUUAUUUAUAGUUCUGUUUUCUCCAUGUUUAGGGGGUUCAUUGUGACGAUUCGGUGAUUUUUUUGGGAAUAGUAACACGCAUGAAUGAAUUUCAUCGAAAACAUAGCGAGUUUCAUUGAAAAUUCCAAGUUUGUUUACCGAUUCUACUGAUGUUUUUUAAAUACAAUAGUGAAGCGAUAAACCGGUUGAAAUAUAUUUUCACUAUUCGCCAAUUUUUAAUGAAUAUCUCGGAAUCUAAGGGAGAUAACAAAAUUUUUGUGAAAACCUUUUUUCUAGAUCUUAAUUCGCUAUAUAAAAACGGUCAUUACCAAAAUGUCGUUAUCUCCCUUAGAUUCGGAGAUAUUCCUCAAAAACUCAGCUGAGACCUAAAUCGUCUUGAACGCCUCGAGGAAUUUCUACAGAAAAUGUCUGAAUAGAAAAAGUUGUGCAGAAAGAUCAAAUUCUACUGAUUUUUUCUGUGAAAUAGUUUCUGUUCUGUAUUUUCCAUCGGCGAAGGACUGAUGAAAUUAUCAAUAGAAAUCCAAUAGAAUUUUCUAUCGAAUUCGAUAAGUUUUUCCACGAAAUUUUCUCGUGUGUAAAGUGAAAUCAUAUGUACUGAUGUCAGGAGAGUCUAUGUACUCAAUGAUUCUCCAGUGAUUGGGAUAAGAUAAAGUAACCGUUAGUUUUGAUUAGUAUGUAUAGUUGACCCUAAAUGAUAUAUUGAUAUUAUUAAAUUAUAAACAAUGUCCCAGUGUUAUAUCACGAAUCGGAUCCAUAUUUAUGCUUAAUUUUAAACUAGAAAAUUUUCAAUGGGAGUUUUUUUGUAUGAAGUGAAAAGGAACAGUGGCUAGAUUUGCUCUUAGGGUUGAUAGGUUUAUCGUCUUUUUUUUUUGUAGUAUUAAAGUAUUUUUUAUAUACAAUUUCAUGUUAGAUUAUUAUGUAAUGGUCGGGCAAGUUCAGUGUGUCGAUUACUUGUUUUUUCACGCAUCUGUUUCUUUUACUUAGAAUAAUGGAAAAAAAGCUGGACUUGAAUGUUAACGCCGUUGAUGAUAAGUUUAAUGCUAGAUAAUUGAUUUAACUCUUUUGAAUCUCGAAAAUCAAUGAAAGAAAACAAUUAUGUAUACUAUUCAAUUUAUUCGACCAAAUAUAUCAACUCUUUCAUGAUUAA